GGGGCGGAUCUGUACACUCACUACACUCACUAUACUCACUGACUACUCCAGCAGCUCCCACUACUACAGCACACAGCCCUCCCUCCUCUCUACACUGACACCUCCAUCCCAGCCUGGAGCAAGGGCAGCUAUGGUUGGCAGGCUAGCCUUGCAGGAUGUCCCUGAGUUGCUGGACAUGAAGAAGAAGGGGGAAAGGGUGCUGGACAGUCCAGACUCAGGACUCCCCCCAAGUCCUUGUCCCAGCAACUGGCUCCUCAGCCCAGCAGCAGCAGACAAGUCCUCCGAUCAGGAGCUUUCUGGGCAGACAGUGCGGGUGAGUACUUCACCCUCCUUAAGCUUCUCCAGCAGUUACACCCCAAGGCUUUGUCCUCUGUCAUUUGGAGAAGGUGUGGAAUUUGAUCCACUGCCACCCAAGGAGAUAAGGUAUACAUCUUCCGUGAAAUAUGAUUCUGAAAAGCACUUUAUUGACAACAUCUACAUGCCUGUGGGCCUGGGCGUCUCCUCGUGCAGUCAAACAGUGAUCUGUGUUCCUAACUGUACAUGGCGCAGCUACAGAGCCGAAGUUCACUUUCAGCCAAAGAACAAGCCACAGAGAUUCAUGAGCACCACCAUAGUUUAUCCAAAGCACACGAAAACAGUCUACACCACCACCCUGGAUUACAACUGCAAGAAAUGCAUGAGGCGCUUUCUGUCCAGUGUGGAGCUUGAGUCGGCUGAACAUGUGGGGAACGAAUGCUUUGCGGAUGAAUACUGAAGGCUUAGGUGUCUACCUCCAUACUGUACAAGACUAUAAACAUUGAGCCUUUUGGCAAACAUAUUAUUAAAGUGACACAUCACAAAGGCAAGAAAAUGCAGAACUGAAAAGCUGUAAAAUAUGGGAAUUAUUGUAGGCAAUAUGUUUCAUCAGAAAACUGAUAGUGACACUUUUUUUUUUAACCUAUUGAAGAUGCUUCAUAAAAAUCAUGUGCAAUGAACAGCAAUGUGACUACAAAAGGAUAGACUAUACUCCAGUCUUACAAAAACCUACGGGUAUCUUAUAAAGCACUAAAAUACUUCCUUGUAUUGUAUAUUGGAGUCUAGACAAAAUACUAUUAUAAUCUAUUUCUUCCUUAUAAUGCAAUCGUUUUGUUAUUUUACUCUAGACAAAAUCAGAGUUUCUUGAGCUGGAUAUAGUUUUCCAUCACAUCCAUACCUUCUCCUGAAUAAAUUCAUAUCUUUAAUGUAUAGGUCUUUCCAUUAAAAAAAUAUUCACAGCUCAGUUAAUCUUGGUGCCCCAAAGGUACCACUUCUGGACACUUUCGUAAAAUAAACUUGGGUAUGGAGUAAAACGUGUUAUCUGGAGGCUCAGCUGGUUGGAACAGACAAUAAAAAGACUAAGAUGGACAGCUAACUAAUUUUUGAUGUGAUAGCCAAAUAAGCCAAAUGUGCAUUACUUUUCCAGAACCAUUUUUGUAUUCUAAAUAAAAACAUUACAAUUUUG